CCACCAACACCAAGCCCUUUUCACUUUUCUUAAAAAGCAAGGAACUUGAAACCAACAAAAAAUGGGGGAGACAGAUCUAGCUACUGGUCUCACCAGUUCCAAUCUCCAAAUGAAAGAAGAGUGUUCUUAGAGAGUAGAGAUGCUGAAGCAAGAGGAGGAAUCGUUGAUCCAUUACCUGAAGAAGGAACUUGAAGCAUCUCUUCUAAGAACUGAUCUGUUGGAGAAACACAAUCAAGAACUGAGGCAAGAGGUUCUCCAUCUCAAGUCACAGAUCACAGCCCUCAAAGCUCAUGAGAACGAGAGGAAAUCGAUGCUUUGGAAGAAGCUGCAGAGCUUCAAUGAAGUGACCAAGAACGACGUCUCUCAGCAGAAACAGCAGCAGCAGCAACACCAACACUAUCUUAAAGCAACAGCUGAGGGUAAAGAACCACAGUUGAAUUCAAGACCAAACCCACCAAUAUCAAGGCCUGCUUCCACUGCAUCGCCUUUACAUGGGGAAGUUAAAGGGACUAAGCUACUGCCACCACCAGGUCCACCACCUCCUCCACCACUGCCAUCAACAACAUUAGUCGGUUUAAAAUCUAUUCGUCGUGUGCCAGAAGUUAUCGAGUUUUAUCGUAUGAUCACGAAGAAGGAUAUGCACAUUGAUACAAAGAAGAACCAUUCCACCACAUCACCACUUGCAUUCACGCCAGACAUGAUAGGAGAGAUCGAGAAUCGCUCUAGUUAUCUAUCUGCGAUAAAGUCGGAUGUAGAGAAGCAGAAGCAACUCAUAACCUCAUUGAUAAAACAAGUGGAGUCUGAAGCUUUCAAAGAGGUAUCAGAAGUAGAGGGUUUCAUGAAAUGGCUGGAUGACCAACUGUCGUUGCUUGUCGAUGAGAGGGCAGUGCUGAAGCAUUUCCCACAGUGGCCUGAACAGAAAGUUGAUGCCUUGAGAGAAGCUGCUUCCAACUACCAGAACCUGAGGAACCUUGAGUCUGAAGUUUUGUCGUUCGAGGACAAUCCAAAGGAGCCAUUGAUUAAGGCUCUAGCAAAGAUGCAAGCUUUGCAAGACAGGUUGGAAAAAAGUGUUAAUGGUAUGGAGAGGAAUAAAGAGAGUAUGAUGAAGAGAUACAAGAACUUCCAGAUCCCCUGGAACUGGCUACUUAGCACUGGAUUCCUUGGACAGGUGAAAUUGAGUUCUUUGAAGAUAGCAAGAGAGUACAUGAAGAGGAUUGCUAAAGAAAUGAAGUUGAAUCAGAGCUCGGAGGACAACAAUCUGCUUCAUCAAGGUGCUAGAUUGGCAUAUAGAGUGCACCAGAGCUAUGCAUAUAAAAAUGAAACCUUCCUGUGCACCGUUCAUCCAAUGUCCAUCGCCGGCGACACGUACUCCACCGGGCCUGGACUGCUUCCCAGGCAAAUGGAGAUGGGCGAGCCGUCGUUGUUCGAGCUGGAAAUCGACUCGUUCGCCGGGAGCGGGGCGGAGACCUCGUCGGCGGCGAGGGACGACGAGGACGAGCUGAUUCUGGAAGCAAUCGCCAGGCUUCCGUCGGAGAAGCGGGGCAGGUACGCGGUGCUGAGGAGGACGCCUUCGGAAGCGCAAUUGGGGAACGGGCAGCUGACCGAGACCAUCGAUUUGCAUAAAUUGAAAAAGACGGACAGAGAGCUGCUGGUGAAGAAGGCUCUGGCGACCAAUUCGCAGGACAAUUUCAAGCUGCUUUCGGCGAUCAAGAGCCGGCUGGAUCGGGUCGGGAUCGAGGUGACGACGGUGGAGGUGAGAUUCGAGGAGCUGAAUGUGGUGGCUAGUGUGCAGGUUGGAUCCAGAGCUUUGCCUACGCUCGUCAAUGCCGCCCGUGACGCCGUUGAGACCGAAGAAGCAUUCGUUAACGAUUUUGAGCCGCGUCAGUGGGAUUUUGAAGCCGGGAAGAGGCAGAAAUUCCACUGUCCGGCGCGUUUAACCGCUGCUUCUGCGGCGGCCGCCGGCUCUUCACUUCCGUCCGCCGUCGCCGUUGCGGCUGGUUCUCUCUGCCCGAUUCUGUAUGAUUUUGGGCUCUCCAAUCUGAUGGGUCCCAGCAGCCGGCUGAUCAUGGUAAACGCCGACGCAUUCCAGUACCAGUACGGAAUGCUUCUCCUGGAAAUCAUUGUCAUUUCAGCAUCCAGAAUGGCAUUGCUCCUUGGACCUCCUGGUUCGGGGAAAUCAACUUUACUCAAAGCUCUUGCAGGGAAACUUGACAAAAACCUCAAGGUAACUGGUAGUGUCCUGUACAAUGGACAGAACUUUGAUAAAUUUUAUGUCCGAAGAACUUCUGCAUAUAUCAGUCAAAUCGACAACCAUAUCGCUGAGCUCACUGUACGAGAAACUUUGGAUUUUGCUGGCCGUUGGCAGGGGCAAAGUGAAGACUUGGCAGGUCCUCGGGCACAAGUGUUGGAGUUCUUUGAGUCUCUAGGAUUCAAACUGCCCCCUCGAAAGGGUGUUGCUGAUUUCCUUCAGGAGGUGACCUCUAAAAAGGACCAAGGUCAGUACUGGGCAGAUCCUUCGAAACCAUAUGUUUUCAUUUCUGCCCUAGAGAUGGCACAAGCAUUUAAAAGUUCUGAGUGUGGAAGGCUGUGGUUUGGUCGGUUGCUGUCUACUACUCAGUGGGCUUUGCUCCAGGAAUUUGGAGGUAUCUUUCGUACAUUGGCUUCAAUUACCCGGGAUAUUGUCACAGCUUAUACUUUUGCAUCUGCUGCUCUGCUGAUUACUUUCCUAUCCGGUGGUUUUGUUAUUCCAAAAGCUAUGAUGAAGCCAUGGUGGGAGUGGGCGUUUUGGGUAUCACCGCUAACUUAUGCUCAACGUGCAAUUUCUGUGAAUGAAUUUACUGCUGAUAGGUGGAUGAAGAGAUCAGCUAUUGGAAAUGAUACUGUAGGUCACAACAUCCUCCACAACUAUAGCUUACCAACUGAUGAUGACUCGUACUGGAUUGGAGUUGGUGUUUUGUUUCUCUAUGCAUUGUUUUUUAAUAUCAUUGUGACACUUGCUCUAGCCUUUCUUCACCCUCUUGAAACGGCUCAAGCUAUUGCCCCGAUUGAUGCUGCAGAAGAAAUCAACAGAAAUAGAGUGGGUACGCAUGAGGAAUCAGGUGAAACAUCUGAGCGAGGAAAUAGAAGGAAAGGGAUGAUUCUUCCAUUUCAACCAUUAGUACUGACUUUCAAUGAUCUAAACUACUUUGUCGAUAUGCCUAAGGAAAUGCGCCAACAAGGAGAACCAGAAAUGCGGUUGCAGCUCUUGACAAAUGUGAGCGGAGUAUUCUCACCUGGGGUUCUAACUGCAUUAGUUGGUUCCAGUGGAGCUGGAAAAACUACGCUGAUGGAUGUUCUUGCCGGAAGGAAAACUGGAGGGUAUAUAAACGGGGAUAUAAAGAUAUCAGGACAUCCUAAAGUGCAGAGCACAUUUGCUAGGAUUUCAGGGUAUGUUGAACAAAAUGAUAUACAUUCUCCUCAAGUCACAGUUGAGGAGUCUUUAUGGUUUUCUUCAAGUCUACGGCUCCCUAAUGAAGUCACCAAAGAACAAAGACAUGAAUUUGUUGAAGAAGUAAUGAGACUAGUAGAGCUUGAUACAUUAAGACAAGCUUUGGUUGGUAUGCCUGGCAUUUCUGGUUUGUCAACCGAACAAAGGAAAAGGUUAACCAUUGCUGUGGAGCUUGUAGCGAAUCCUUCCAUUAUAUUUAUGGAUGAACCUACAUCUGGGCUAGAUGCGAGAGCUGCAGCCAUAGUCAUGAGAACUGUUCGCAAUACCGUUGAUACUGGAAGAACUGUGGUUUGCACCAUUCACCAACCGAGUAUCGACAUUUUUGAAGCAUUUGAUGAGCUACUUCUCAUGAAACGAGGAGGUCGGGUUAUAUAUGGUGGAAAGCUUGGCCUCCACUCUCAGAUUAUGAUAGACUACUUUCAGGGGAUCAGUGGGGUCCCUCCAAUUCCGGAAGGUUAUAAUCCUGCUACUUGGAUGCUCGAGGUCACUAGUACCAGUGUUGAAGAGGCAAUAAAAGCAGACUUCGUUGAGUUAUAUAGAACAUCUCAACAGUAUAGGGAGGUGGAAGCUUCAAUCAUGAGUUGGAGUGCCCCUCCUCCUGGUUCUGAACCAUUGCACUUUGCCUCCACGCAUGCACAAGAUUCAUGGUCACAGUUUCGGAUUUGCCUAAAGAAACAGAUGCUUGUAUAUUGGAGAAGUCCACGAUACAAUGCAGUAAGGUUGUUCUACACUAUGAUAGCCGCACUGAUAUUAGGCACUGAAUUUUGGGGCAUUGGAUCUAUAAGGGGCACAACUCAGGCCUUGUCGACUGUUAUGGGAGCUUUGUACAUUUCCUGUAUAUUCCUUGGGGUGAGCAAUGCUACUACGGUGCAGCCAAUAGUGUCCAUUGAGAGAACGGUGUUCUACCGAGAGAAAGCAGCUGGUAUGUACUCCCCUUUGGCCUACGCAGCAGCACAGGGAAUUGUGGAGAUCCCCUACAUUUUGGCUCAGACAAUUGUGUAUUGUAUCAUAACAUACUUCACGAUUAGUUUCGAGCAAGACGCUGCAAAAUUCUUUCUCUACCUGGUGUUUGUGUUCCUUACGUUCACCUACUUCACGUUCUACGGUAUGAUGGCUGUUGGGAUUACCCCUACUCAGAACUUAGCCUCUGUGAUCUCCUCUGCAGUUUACUCCCUGUGGUAUCUUUUCUCUGGGUUCCUUAUUCCAAAGCAGUUCAUUCCCGUGUGGUGGAGAUGGUACUACUACAUCUGCCCUACAGCAUGGACACUGCAGGGGAUUAUCUCGUCCCAGCUUGGUGAUGUGGAAACCAUGGUUCAGGGUCCAGGAUUUCGAGUACCCGUGAAGGAGUACUUAAAAGCAAACUAUGGCUACUCGACAAACAUGGUCGGACUUUCAGCUGUGGUCCUCGUCUGUUUCUGUCUCCUCUUCUUCUCUGUUUUCGCCAUCUCUGUGAAAGUCAUAAAUUUCCAGAGAAGAUGAGAACCCAAGGACGAACCCAGCAAGUUCCUCUAGUGUCCCCUACUUAUCAAUCUCUCUCCAUUUCGAUUUAGUUGUGAUUGUUUGGAUAGAUAGGAGUGAUCUCGUAGGAUGAUGAUAUGUUGCAGACUGAAUGCAUACUGAUGUUAGUAGUAGUUUCAGGGCUGUGCUCUAGUUUCACUUGCUGAUUGGAACUUGCUGCCCAGCACCAGCAGAGAUAGUGCAUGUACAGAUUGGAUGCCAUUGUGGCUUAUUCAUUUUUGUCAACAUAAAUGGGGGAGAAAUGGUGUGAAUAGAAGUCUA